AUGUAUUUCGGGAAUUUUUUGCUCGUUUUCCCAUUACUGGCUAAUGCAUUUGAAGCAUUUGAAGAGCAAAACUGUCCCUACGGUGUUUGUUCUGAAGCACCUCCCCCAAAUCUUACGAUAGCACCUUUUGGCAGCGGACUUUGCACUGGAGACGAUGUUAUCAUCGAGCACAUCCUCCAUGAUUACAACAAGCUUGAACUGCCAGGUGGAGGGCAUGUGAAGGUUUCUGUUGAGGUAUGA